AGUAGCUAUGCAAGUGAAGCACACGGAAGUAAACAUGCAGUGUUGAUUCAGAUGUGUCCUCCUUCGAAUGCAAUUUGCGGUGAUCUCACCGUUUGUGUACAACAUCUGUGUUGAAAGCCCUGUGCUGAGAGCAUGCUGUCAACUAGGUUGGUGACGCUGUUGAGGGUGGUGGUGUUCACUUUGGUGGUCGCCGUGGUGUUUAAAUUAGUCUCCCGGCCCAGACUAGCACUCCCAGGCAAUGAACUGAGCCUGGCCUCCAGUAUCAGAUUCUGGAACAAGAAGUCGGAAAAGGAGCAGGAGCCUUGGAAACAGGACGCCAGGCCCGUGGGAGGGGUGGCCCAGGAGGUGAAGGAGCAGGUCGAGAGCCUGGCCAAAGUAGAAAAGCUCCAGACCUUGCCCCCACUGGACCCCAAUGCACCCCCCCUCAAAGUUGUGCACCUUGACCUGAAAGGAGCUGCACCCAAAAUGAAAUACCUGGAACAGAUAUUCCCGCUCUUUUCUUCUCUGGGCGCCACCGGAGUCCUGCUUGAGUACGAGGAUAUGUUCCCCUAUGAGGGAGACCUGCAGCUGCUGCGGUCACCUUAUGCAUACAGUGCAGAGGACAUUAAAACCAUCCGGAACCUGGCCAAGCUCAGCAACCUGCAGGUCAUCCCCCUGGUCCAGGUGUUUGGACACUUGGAGUUUGUGUUGAAGCAUGAGAAGUACACUGAGCUGAGGGAAGUGGAGGCCUACCCUAACAGCCUGAAUCCCCAUGCCCUGGGUGCUCAAGCUCUGAUCCAAGCCAUGGUGAUUCAGGUCAUGGACCAGCACCCAGAUUCCCCCUGGCUGCACAUUGGUGCCGACGAGGUGUUUGGCCUUGGUGAGAGCCAAGACUCCAAAAACUGGCUGAACAACAACGUGGGGGAUGUGGGGAAGAUGUUCCUGAACCAUGUGGUCGCAGUGGCUCGUUUCAUCGUCGAGAGGAGGCCAGGGAUUCACCUGCUGAUGUGGGAUGACAUGAUGAGGCAAAUCAGUGCCAGCACUCUCAAAGAAUCUGGGUUGCCAAGUCUUGCCUCUCCAGUGAUAUGGUUUUAUGCUGCUGAACUGAAUUUAAAGAAAAUUGAUCAGCUAAUCUCCAAGUACCAGGAGGUGGGGUUCAAGGACGUUUGGUUUGCAAGCGCUUUUAAAGGGGCUUCAUGCAUUUACCAGAGGGUGACGCCCCUAAGCAAGCACCUGACCAACCACCUGUCCUGGUUAAAGGUCAUGAAGUCUAUGUCCAAAUAUCCCUCCAUCUCGUUCCGUGGCAUCGUGUUGACUGGUUGGCAAAGAUACGACCACUUCGCAGUGCUGUGUGAACUCCUACCUGUCGGAAUCCCAUCACUGGCUGUCUGCCUUAAGACUCUAGAGCAUGGUGCAUUUUCGGGCAAGGCACAGAUGGAAAUACAGAACUUGCUGGGCUGCAGUAUUAAGAUUGAGGAAGGAAUCUGUAAGGGGAGUGGGGCGUUCUCUGGCUCGGAGGUGUAUAACAUGGUACUCAAGAUCGACAAGGAACUGCAGAAACAAACCGAGGAGCUGAUGAACGACAAACGUGUGAGGGGAUCAUUCACCAACUACCACAGAAAAUACAACUUUGCCAACCCUCGAGACCUGGCCUUUUUCACAAAUAAAUUAGAAAAGUUGCUGGUGCAUUGGGAACCCUUCCUGCAAAAUUUCCGCACACAGAUGGAGACAAUGUUCUUCCCGGACACGAUAGAGGAGUGGAUGGACGAGAACGUCAACGAGCACAUGGACAAACUGCGCAAGAUGGCAGCUGACGCCGACCAAAUCGGGAAGCUGAAGGGCCGUCCCAAAUCGCAGUGAACCCGUCCCUAUCACGAGAGCUUCCCAAACGGUAAUGCACGUGUCCGAACCUUAAAACCCCACCACCGCCCCCUAACUUGGGGGCUACAGGCACUGCUUCAGUCAUUCUUAGCACCUAGCAAUGAAGCAGGAUUUGUUUAACUGGAGCAACAUAAACAUGGUCUUAGCAAAAAUUUAUUUUAAAAUCUAUAAAAAUUAAUAUUGCCCUCAACAAUGAAUUGGAAAUUUGACAAUUAUCUGCAUUCUUGAGGCCACAUUAUAAAUGUAUGCAUGUGUAACAUACCUAUGUAAAUACUUCAUCUGCAAUCAGUUCCCAGAACAUUGAUGAGCUCUAUCACAGACAGUAUGUUAAAAAUAUAUCAAUAUAAUAGAUCAAUCUAAUCGCAUACAUUCUGCAAUUUCGAAGUCAUCCAUUUUGCAAAGAGCUCCCUUGGACUUCAUGACCAUCUGCAGGUCCCUGGGCUCCAGGUUUGGAAGCCCUGUGCCUUCAGACCAGUCAGACGGCUGCAGCUGCCUGCAAUGAGGCCAGCAGAAGUUAGGCCAUUCAGCAGACCCCCGUGGCCUUGCUCUCAAAAAAGAACACAUGCAUCUCACUGCUGCCAGGUCUGCACAGCAUAGCAGCAGGGGCUCCCAACGGGGGUAACACAGGACAUCGAUAAACUCUGAUCAUUAUGAUAGCACUGUCAGCCAAUCACAGGUAUGCUGUGCUCUGUAGAAUGACUUGUGUAAAUGAAGAAAAGUUCAAAUAUUUUCUUGAAUCGGUUAUGAAUGGAAAUGUUUACAAUUGUACUUUUUUAAAAAUGUGGCCUAUAGUGUUGCUCUCCUUGAGAUUAAUAUUUUUACUGUGUAAUAGGUGACUGGCAAUAAAAACGGUACAUAGAGUACCGUGAUAACCUACUUGAUUAUGAUCAACUCAGGGGUGUUAUUUUUUUUAAUGUAGAUUUUAUUUUUAUGAUGUAGUUCAGUUACACUAAGCAAUACAAGACCUACAGUAGCGAGUACUAUCUGACUUGCAUUCCAUUUAACCAAGAAAUUCCUGUUUUGUGUUAAAAGAUUGACAAAGACCUGUUUGUGCAGAUUCUGUAUUUUACUUGUGUUUGUAAAAUUACAAGAUUAGUGCAGAGGAACUAAAAUUGUGUCUGUUCACAAUGUAAAAAGCAUUUUAGAAUUUUUGCAUUUUUAGAAAGGAUAGCAGACCAUUAAUUUUAUUUAUACUGAGGAAAAUGUUAAAAUAAUAAAUUUUGUGUUCACAUGGGUGUAUAAAAUUGGUGUAGAAAUUAUGUUCUGUAAAUAAAUGUAUUACCCAUAACUCUGAG